CGGCGCUAGUGGCGCCGCGCAACCCGUCGUACUCUCUCGACGGCGAAUUUCAGUCGGAUGCUGUUGCUCGAGCGGCGCACUCGUGUUCGCGGGGAGGUUCGUCUCGCAGCACGCGCGCGCGUGUCGUUCUUCUCUUUUCCCUCUUCUCCUGACGGACAUGACGCGCGGCGAACUGUAGCAGUUUUUGCUCGCCCAAAGGGUAUCAAUUUACCUAACUCAUCUCGUUCAUUCGUCGCGUCACGCAUUUUCACUUCGUCACCGCUCUCACGACGCACACGCGGACAUACGUACUCUCUCUCUCUCUCUCUCUCCUCUCUCUCUCUCUCCCCCUCUCCCCCUUGUCCUCCCAGUCGUCCCUCGAUCCCUCCUCCCGCCGGAGCAAGCCGAAAACUCGUUAUGCUCCGGGUUUCUCGUCUCCCGAACCGGUAACACUUCGUGAUUAGCGCGCGCGCACGCGAGAGAAAGAGAGAGAGAGAGAGAGAGAGAGAGUGUGAGAGUGAGUGAGAGUGAGAGAGUGCUCGAUCUUCGGCCAUCGUCGCCCUCGUCGCCUUCCGCGCGCGGUGUCGUUGGAGAAAACGUCAAGCGCGAGAGAAACAAAACGCUAGCCGUCCUCGGACGAGAUGCGUCGCGUCGCCGUGUCGUCGUGUCGUCGUGCUCGCUCUCCUCGGGACUUGUGACGACGUGAACGGAAUAUCGCGUCGCGACGGAGCCGAAGGAUUUCGGGAGGUGCGCCGCGGUCCGGUCAUUCCACGGUCGCCGCCGCCGCCGCCGCCGCCGGCUGCUGCUGCUGUUCUUGCUGCUUGACGUCGCGACGAACAGCCCCUGUGUCGGAGAAGGAGAGCACAUCUCGGCAGCCGGGAGGAUGCGCAGCUGAACGGAUUGCUGGUGCGUGCACUCAAGUUCCAGUCGACAGCGGCCUCCGCAACAGUCAUGAGCAGGUCCUGAUCGCGGACAGCCGUGGGCCGCGACAGGCUGGAUGCGCGGCGGUCAACGACUAAGAGGAUCACGAGGAGCCGGACGACGCUUAGCGAGACCAACCGCAACAGCGACCGCGACGUCAUUGACGUUCGGCAGGGAUCGCUCACACGUCGCGCGAGGAUCUCGUGAGGAUCGAACGAGGACGAAGGACGAUCUUCCUUCAUCGCCUCCUGUUCGCAUCCUGCGGCCAUCUCUCCACGCCAUCAGUCGCGACAGAACGGACCCAGAGGAGGCUGUAGGAUGAGCAUCUUAGCCAUCGCCCGCAGGAACUGGGCGCUGCGCCUGUCGGUGGUGCUGAAUGUGUGUGUGCUGCUGUACGUGUGCGCUAACAUCGGCUCCUCCGGGCCGUGGAUCGAGGAACCGCCGACCAACUGGGCGGCGCCGCUCCAAUCGGAGACCUACGGCGGCGCCAUCGACCUCGUAAACGGCACUCAGAAGGGCGCCGCGUCCUCGUCAGCAGCUUCCGCCGCGUCUGUGGGCGCCGUCAAGGAUGCCGCGACAUCCAGGACGAACGGCGCCGCCGCCGCCGCCGCCGCCGCCGCCGCCUCUGUCGUCGCCGCCACCGGUCCCCUCAGGAGCAAGCUCCUCGUCACUACGACGCCCAACGGGGCCAAGGUCGAGGCUUUCGACAAGUCGGAGCACUCGCAUAACCAGACGGUGAGGAACGGCAUGACGGUCGCGCGGCCCGCGGCGAUGAGCCUGAAGGAGGCCGUUCCCUGCAACGAGAAGUCAACCGAGCCGAGGCGGGCGCAGCGGGGCGACUACUGGGUGCUCUAUAAUUACGUGCCGAUGAGCAUGGCGUUGAGAUGCUGGGAGAGCGUGACGUACACCACGCACGCCGACUACACGUUCCUGGACAAUCUGGAGCCGCUGCUGGAGCGCUGGCGGGCGCCGAUAUCGAUCGCCAUGCACGCGCCCGGCACCGACUUCCCGGCGACCCUCGACGCCAUCAGGUACUCGAGAAAUUGCGGCAGCCCGUUGGUCUCGCAGCUGGUAACCUUCCACGUCUUCUUCAGCAGCAAACACGUGCCAAAAGCGGUACCGCCAUCGGAGCAGAUCGUGUCCGACACGUACAACUGCUCGCUCGGGCCGCCGUGGGUGAACGUCAGCCUCUCGAAGAUGUAUAAGAACGACAAGAAGCUGCUGUACCCGGUGAACGUGGGCCGCAACGUAGCGCGAGAGUCCGCGCCCACUUUCUACGUGUUCCCCAGCGACAUCGAGCUGUACCCCAGCCCGAAUCUGCCCGCCAAGUUCCUGGAGAUGAUUCGCAGGAGGGAUCAGCCGGCUCUCUACAAGCCGAAUCCCAAGGUCUUCGUGCUGCCCAUCUUCGAAGUGGACGGCAAGAGCCUGCCGCCCAACAAUAAAACUCACCUGGUGCAGAUGCUGAAGACCGGCACCGCUAUACCUUUCCACAAGAAAUUGUGCUCCGGCUGCCACAACGUGCCGAAGAGCAAAGAGUGGCAGGAAGCGGCUGAGACGGAGGAUCUGCACGUGUUCCACAUCGGCAAGAGGACCGGUAGCUUCGUACACUGGGAGCCGAUCUUCAUCGGGACCAAUAACGAUCCUCUUUACGACGAGAGACUCAGUUGGGAGGGGAAGAGUGACAAGAUGACACAGGGCUACGCGCUUUGUGUUCUCGACUACGACUUUCUCAUCUUGGACAACGCGUUUCUGGUGCACCGGCCGGGCAUUAAGAUCUUCAAGAAAGAUCCUCAUCGCGACUUGCUUACCGCCAAGACGAACGCGCUUAUUAAGAAAAUCAUCAUACCGGAGCUGAAGGUGCUAUACGGCACGCGCAAGGGCUGCGCGGUGUAGCCCGUGGAGUCGCGGGCACGACGGCGUGUGCUCUACAAGUGCCCGUCUGUACGAUGGAAUCACUUGCGGCCCUCCUUGUCGUCCACGUCGUCGAGGCUCGUCGUCGCACGGCGACAGAUCGCCCGAGAUCGCGACGAACCGCGAAAUCGUGUUCGCGUUCGCUCCUUGAGGGUCCCUCGCGCGAAGCAGGGCCCGAGGAAUGUCCGUUGCGAUUAAUAAGACUCUUAAAUAGUUUUGUGAACUCUUCCGUGUCGACACUCAACGGUGCAGACGAACGAAUUAAUGCACACAAAUAUUCACAUUGAGCUCCCGAGCAACUGACCUGUCGUGCUCCCGCGAUAAAAGCACGUUUCAUCAUUAUUGUCAACGUCAUCGUCAUCAUCGUCGUCGUUAUCAUCGUUAUCACGAAGCGACUCAGCAUUUACAGUGUUACUCGGUGGUUGGUGUACGAAGAACAUUGAGACAAAGGUGAGGUGAGGGGCAGGAAAAGACGAAGGUAAUGCAAGAGAAGUUGUGACGUAUGGCGCGACGCUCAAAUCAUCUCGGCGAUAAUUCUCCUAACUUUCAUAA